AUGAUUCAGUUCAUCUUCUUUUGUUUUUUGCUAAGAGUCGGAGUCUAUUCUAAGGAGGUGAAUAAUGCUGUUUUUAAUGUGACCCAUAGAAACUUCAUUUAUGAUACGUACAAAUAUGACCAAAUAAUUAAGGUGAUAGUAAAUGACACAACUUCUCAAAUACUGGACUUUUAUGAGGAAUCUGACAAAUGGCGCGGGUACCCUACUCGCGUUCAUGCCGCAUUAAAUGACAGUCUUGAUGGAGAAUAUCCUGUAUUUAUUACUGCUACUCAACAGAAAGGUGUUUCAUCAUGGGAACUUCCGUUAGUGGUGGCGACUCAAAAUGCGGUGCUGCAGUUUGAUGACAUGGCCAGGACCCUGUGUCCUCACGACGCUGGACCCAACAUCACGAGCGAGAAUCGCCCGCUGAUUCAGAUAACCACUUCAAACCCGCGUAACACGUCCUUAAAUAUCAAACUACGGCGCGUCACCGACUUCUACGUCGAACUCAACAAGGAAGUGCAGCUAAAUGUGACACCCAGCACGCCCAAGUACUACUAUUUUUCCUUUGACAAGGAUCCACUGAAUGCGUCCCAAAGCAUAAGUAAAGGCCUCUUACCAAGGUUUAACUACACAAUUCCUAAGAGUGUGAUGUUGAUGUUUGAGUCGGAUGACAACGUGUGCGCCGUCGUCUCUAUACAGAAUAAUUCGUGUCCCGUCUUCGAUAACGAAAAUGAUAUGUUAUAUCAAGGGUAUCACCUCACUAUGAUGACCAAGGGUGGAAUCAGUAUAACUCAAUCUAUGUUUCCAGUUGGAUUCUACAUAGUGUUUAUAGUGAAAGAGAGCAAUGCAGAUUGCACGGGCGUGAGCAAUAUGGAUACCGCCGCUAGUUUGGAGGACUGGAUAGAUGAUGGACGAGUGAAAAGUUUUAGAUUCCGUGUGGUGCCAGCAUUGACUUACACGGAAUAUAUUACGGGCGUAUUGGCGGCUUUGGGCUUAGUGCUGAUGGUGGCGGUGUUCGCGCCUCUGUUGACUUUAAUUCGUUGCUCUUUUACUGAAGAAAUAACAAUUAUUGAAGAGGGACCAGGUACCUCGUCGUCCACAAACGCAACAACGAGUGAAACAAAGCCUAUGGUGCAUGUAGAUGACUCUGAAACUGAUUCGGAACCAGAACUGGAAUCGAGACGGGUGCCUGAGCCACCGAAAGUAGAAGUGGAACUUCAUCCUCCGUUAACUCUGGCAGGACUUAGCAGGGCGAAACCAGCAGCUCAUAGCCGCCGGUCGGACAGGUACUUCUGGAGUGCCCUCACAGUGGCAGUUGUAUAUGCGUUGCCAGUCGUUCAACUUUUGUCUACUUAUCAACACAUGGUGUUCCAGACUGGUAACCAAGACCUAUGCUACUACAAUUUUCUGUGCGCCCACCCUCUGGGAUUCUUAUCUGACUUCAACCACGUAUAUUCCAAUGUGGGCUACGUGGUGUUGGGACUAGUAUUUAUGGCGCAGACUUGGUGGCGACAGAUAAACUCGAGGAAUCACCCCAAGGAGCUGGGCAUCCCUCAACACCACGGUUUGUUCUACUCUAUGGGUUUGGCCUUGAUGAUGGAGGGUUUGCUGUCAGCCUGUUAUCAUCUUUGUCCCAAUAAAAUGAACUUCCAAUUUGACUCGUCGUUCAUGUACGUGAUAGCGGUAUUAGUUAUGGUGAAGCUCUACCAGAACAGGCAUCCCGACGUCAACGCGAGCGCCCAUUCCACAUUCAUGCUCAUCGCAGUCGCCAUGUUCACUGGUUAUUUCGGUAUAACGUACCCGAGCCUGUACUUCUGGGUUAUAUUUACCAUCGUGCACCUCACGGUGUGUUUCGUUCUCACGAUGAAGAUUUAUUACGUCGGACGCUUCAAACUGGAAUGGUCGUUACCGAAACGUGCGUGGACCGCCCUAAGGACGCAUGGUCGAUAUACCUUCGUGCCGCGCUACACAGCACGAGCUGUCCUACUCACAGUCGCCAACCUUGCUAACUGGGCCCUCGCUGCUUACGGAAUGUACGAACACAACAAGGACUUCGCUCGGCAUUUGCUCGCGAUACUUAUGGGCAAUGCAAUCUUACACAUGAUGAGUUACGUAUUGAUGAAGAUGGUCCAUCGCGAGUCCAUUCCCGUAUAUGUGUGGGUCCAGUUCGUGUUGGCGCACAUUUCCUGGGCAAUUGCGCUACGUCUAUUCCUCGACGCUCACACCAAGUGGUCGGAAACUCCGGCUCAGUCCCGCCAGCUUAACGCUGGGUGCUCUGCGUUUAGUCUCUUAGAUUCACACGAUUUAUGGCAUCUGGCCUCAGCUAACGCCUUGUACUUAACCUUCAAUGUACUUCUAGCGCUAGACGAUACAUUGGCCAAUACGCCCAGGCAUCUUAUACCUGUGUUUUAA